UAUUUUAAGGAUGGCUUAGCUCUCUCUCUCACUCUCACUCUCCCUCUCUCUCCACACUCACUCACGAUCUCGCCAUCGCUUGCGCUCUACUCUCUCUCUCGCAUUGUCCUUUCUGCGUAAACCCUAAUCUGGACUUCCGAUGGCCAUGAAGGCCUCGGAGCUCACAACGCAGAGUAAGGUUUAGUUUACUAAAUUUCAAUUUAAAGCCUUGUGCCGCUCUUACGAAGUAAGAGAAAAUGAAGAGAGAGAAUAUGUCAGUCACUGGUUUUCCAGUACCCACUGCUCGAAUAACACGUGCUCGGGCAGCAGCUUUUCAGGCAGCUGGUGUGACACUCCCCUUACAACCUUCUGCGAAACAAGAUCAGAAGCGGGCUUUACGAGAAAAUUCAAAAAGGGUGGCCUUGGAUGAGAAUAAUUCCUCUGCUCCAGUUGCUGGAGAUCUUCAACAUAAAAGGAGAGCAGUGCUAAAGGAAGUAACCAAUCUAUGCUGUGAAAAUUUACAUACCAAUUGCAUCAAUGCUGCAAAGCUUCAGAGUAAGAACUCCAAGAAGGCUAAAAGAGGUCCUCUGAAGAAGGAUUCCAAGGUGGUCCCUUCCAAUCCUGUUCCAGAGGUUCAAAAGGAUGUCACUGCAUUAAGUGCUGAAAAAAUAGAGAAAUCGGAGAAGGCUGAACCACAAGAAGUUGCAUGCUCAACAGAAGUAAAAGGCCAUUUUCCAAUGCAAAUAAGUAUGGGGAGUAUGACCAUACGAUCAGUUGGUUGUGACCCUCAGGCCAAUAUAAAGAUUUGUAGAUGGCCUCCUCAACUCUCGAGCCCUUUAAAGAAAGACAAGUAUAAUCUUUGCGAGAAUUUGGGAUCUUCUAGUUGUUUAGGCAUUACAGACAUUGAUUCUGAUGACAAAGAUCCACAAAUGUGCAGCCUCUAUGCAGCUGAUAUCUAUAGCAAUUUACGUGUUGUAGAGCUUGUCCGAAGGCCUAGUUGUAAUUUUAUGGAAACACUACAGCGAGACAUCACUCAGAGCAUGCGGGGGAUUCUAGUUGAUUGGCUUGUGGAGGUUGCUGAAGAGUAUAAGCUGGUUCAAGAUACACUUUACCUCGCAGUGUAUUUCAUCGAUCGGUUUCUUUCCGCAAACUACAUGUCAAGACAAAGACUUCAACUGCUUGGCAUUACAUGCAUGCUAAUUGCCUCGAAAUAUGAAGAAAUUUGUGCACCCCGUGUUGAGGAGUUCUGCUUCAUCACGGACAACACAUACACAAAAGGAGAGGUACUGCAAAUGGAAAGUCAAGUGCUGAAUUAUUUGGGUUUUCAACUCUCAGCACCUACUGCAAAAACGUUUCUCAGGAGAUUCCUACGAGCUGCACAAGCUUCUUACAAGGUUCCUAGCCUUGAAUUGGAGUUCUUGGCCAACUAUCUAUCAGAACUCACUCUCAUUGAGUACACAUUCCUGAAGUUCCUUCCUUCGCUAAUUGCUGCAUCAGCAGUAUUCCUUGCUAGAUGGAUUCUAGAUCAGUCAUGCCAUCCAUGGAACCCGACCCUAGAGCAUUACACAACCUACAAGGCCUCAGAUCUUAAAGUUACAGUUCUUGCACUACAAGAUCUGCACACGAACACCAACAGUUGUCCUCUUAAUGCCGUACGUGAGAAGUAUAAGCAGCAGAAGUUCAAGUAUGUAGCGACAGUGACUUCUCCAAAUCCACAUGAAAUGCUCUUUUAAAGAUGAUGACAUGAUGAUAGGGCUAAUUCCUUGUUUUCCUUUGCUGUUAACAUAUGGUUAUCAGCUGGAGGACUUUUCAUGGAUAUUGGAUAUUUGUAUCUGAUAUCUAAUUUUAGAUUUUCCCCAAUCUAACUGUUUUUUAUCUGCUAUAUUGUUGUUGUAGCUAGCCUGCCCUUGUAAUGUGAAAAUCAUGGGAGCGUGGGACGCUCUAGGCGGUAUGUUUGAAAUUUAAAUCCCUAUUGGGUUGGUACUUUAUUUCAAACUUAUAUUCUUUGCCCAUGUAAAGUCAUUUGUCAGCAACCAGAUUAAUUUGUUGGGUUGUAAUGGGAAUGUAACUACUUGAAGAUAACUUUUUGUAUUUUCAAUAUCAUUUAAUUUCUAUAAAGAUGACUUUCGUACUGCA